AUGGCCAUGAAUCGCAUUCCUGGUCACAACAUCUAUGUUGGAGGCAUACUCUCUUUGAAGAACAAAGCUGCUCUGGAAAGAGAAAAUAUCACCCAUGUUGUCUCUGUGCUGCGUCUCAGUCCUUCUGAGGAAUUAUUUUCAAACUUUCAACAUCACAAAAUUGAUGUUGAUGAUGUUGAUUAUGAAAACCUUCUCGAACACUUUCCAGCGGCAAUCAAGUUUAUUCAAUCCGGUUUAGAUUCCAAUGGGGGCGUUCUUGUUCACUGUGCCAUGGGCAAAUCCCGAUCCGCAUCAGUCUGUAUUGCUUAUUUACUCCACCAGCAGCGCAGUGCGCUUACCCCGCAAUCUGCCUUGGAGAUCAUCAAACAAGGACGGCCACUAUGUGAGCCUAAUGAUGGUUUCAUGCAGCAGCUAGAGCUGUACCAUGAAAUGGGAUGUCCAGAUGAUGUCAUAACCCACCCAGUCUACCAACGGUGGCUAUAUCGUCGGGAGGUUGAGGACAGUGUGGCAUGUGGUCGUGCUCCGGAAAUCAAAUCAGUGCGCUUUGAAGAUGAGCAGCCUAUGCGGCCACAGUCUGAGGAUAAGGGAGAAGUGGAGAUUAAGUGUCGCAAAUGCCGGCGGGGCAUUGCAUCAUCAAAAUACAUCAUCUCUCAUGAGCAGGAAAAGCGCAGCAACGUUCGGGCACAUUCCAACGUUGAUUGCGCACAUAUUUUCUUACAUCCCAUGAAGUGGAUGAGCUCGAGCCUGUUCCCAGCGGCAGGUGCUGAUGACCCGAAUGGACAAUAUUCUGGAGACGCACCUUUAUCUGGCCGCUUGUCUUGCCCCAACCCUACCUGUGGAGCCAAUAUCGGCAAAUUUGCAUGGCAAGGUAUGCAAUGUAGCUGUAAUAGCUGGGUGGUACCUGCUCUGUGUCUGACUAAGGCUCGUGUGGACAUCGCCAACAAGCCAAAGACACGAGGAAACCCUCCUCCAGGUGCACUUGGCAUUCGUCUUCCCCCGGGAAUGCGGCCUGCUGAAAAUAAUGUACCUGGCUCUGGACGUGGAAAUUUGUGA